CCUCCCCUGAACAACUUAACCUCUCCCCCUGCUCCCGAUUCCCGAUCCAUAGCGGAGCCGCCGUGCAUUGAUUGGCGUCUCCGCCGGGCGAUUAUGCUGCGUGCCCGGAGCGCCGGGAAUUCGCAGGGAGCCGAGGCAGCCGAGCAGGGCAGCGGGCGCUGAGGAGGAGCGGGGAAACGCGGGGGAACGCGGGGCUGGCGCGGCCCGGGCCCGGCCGCGGCCGGCGUGAGGCGAGCAUGGGCCCGCGGCGGGGAGAAGCUGCCCCGGCACCCUCCGAGAGCCCCCUCAGAGCCAUGCCCCGGCCUCGGCUGCGCUCCGGACGGCUUUGAAGUUUAGAGGAGGCACUUGUGUCGGGAAAGGCAAGCGAUGAACUGAAGAUUAAACAUGUAUGGGAAUUAUCCUCACUUCAUUAAGUUUCCUGCGGGCUUUGGCAAUUCCCCGGUGCACGCCAGCUCCCCGUCGGUGAGCCUGUCCUCGGGGCUGUCCUCGGGGAGCCCGGUGGUGGAGGGGCCCCCCAGCUUCCUGGAGCCCCCUGGGAGCGCGGCGCGGGCGCUGCCGGCGCCCAUGAGCGCCCUGGGCUCGCCCUACAGGGUCAUCGCCUCCUCGCUGGGCUCGCACCCCGUCGCUCUGUCCUCCGCCCCCGGCGUCAAUUUCGUGGCACACGCCAGCCCACAGCUCAAUGUCCUGAACAAUGUCAGCAGCUCGGAGGAUGUCAAGCCCUUGCCGGGUCUCCCCGGGAUGGGGAACAUGAAUUAUCCAUCCACGAGUCCAGGAUCCCUAGCCAAACACAUCUGUGCCAUCUGUGGGGACAGGUCCUCAGGGAAGCACUAUGGGGUGUACAGCUGUGAGGGCUGCAAAGGCUUCUUCAAGAGGACCAUCAGGAAGGAUCUGAUCUACACCUGCCGGGAUAACAAGGACUGCCUGAUCGACAAGCGCCAGCGCAACCGCUGCCAGUACUGCCGCUACCAGAAGUGCCUCGCCAUGGGGAUGAAGAGGGAAGCUGUGCAGGAGGAGAGGCAGAGGAGCAGGGAGCGCAGUGAGACCGAGGCCGAGUCCACGAGCAGUGGCAGUGAGGACAUGCCCGUGGAGAGGAUCCUGGAAGCUGAGCUGGCAGUGGAGCCCAAAACAGAGGCCUACAGUGACAUGGGCACAGAGAGCUCGACAAAUGACCCUGUCACCAACAUCUGCCACGCUGCUGACAAGCAGCUCUUCACUCUGGUCGAGUGGGCCAAGCGCAUCCCCCACUUCUCCGACCUGACGCUGGAAGACCAAGUCAUUCUCCUCCGGGCAGGCUGGAAUGAGCUGCUCAUUGCCUCCUUCUCCCAUCGCUCUGUGUCGGUGCAGGAUGGGAUCCUGCUGGCCACGGGCCUGCACGUGCACCGCAGCAGCGCCCACAGCGCCGGCGUGGGCUCCAUCUUUGACAGGGUUUUGACAGAGCUGGUGUCCAAAAUGAAAGACAUGCAGAUGGAUAAGUCGGAGCUGGGGUGCCUGCGAGCCAUUGUCCUGUUUAACCCAGAUGCCAAGGGUUUGUCCAGCCCCUCAGAAGUGGAAUCCCUGCGGGAGAAGGUCUAUGCCACGCUGGAAGCCUACACGAAGCAGAAGUACCCCGAGCAGCCAGGGCGGUUUGCCAAGCUGCUCCUGCGCCUGCCGGCACUGCGCUCCAUCGGGCUGAAGUGCCUGGAGCACCUCUUCUUCUUCAAGCUGAUUGGAGACACCCCCAUCGACACCUUCCUCAUGGAGAUGCUGGAGACACCCCUGCAGGUCACUUGAGGGUCUGUCUGGCCAGAGCCUGGCCCCCUGUGCCCCUGCAGAGCCUCCUGCCCCUGUGCUCUGAGCCAGCUCCAGAGAUGUCCUUGGCCCUCCGCUCCUCCUCGGUGGGAUUGUCGUGGUUUUGGACAGCUGUAAAUCACCCCCUCAAGCCCUCCCUGGCCUGUCUGGGGGGGUCACUGAUCCUCUACCCAGCUAACCACCCCCCUGCCCCCCUGUACAGAUAAUUGCUUUAAAUUAUUUUUUCAUUCUCAAUAAAAGUCAACAAAACAA